AGAACGGCAGAAAGUAAUGUUUCAGGUUGGAGUUAGCAUAGAUACAGAGAAUUCAUUAUCUGUCAGUCCUCACAGUGGCAGUCUUACUUGUAUGUGUGUGUUUCCUCUCGGUACAUGCAGGCUGCAGAUGUUCCUCUUGCGCUCUCUCGCUCGCGGGAAAUAAGUGCAGGCAGAGUGCAGGAUCACACACAGACACGUUCCUCUCCAGCUGCCUCGUGAGGCAGAGUGUGAUGCCAUGAGCGAGACAACGUCCAUCCUCUGCUGACAACCAUGAGCAACCGACUGAUUCCUGCUGUAAUGAACCGUCUGAAAAGGACUUUUAAGGGACUCGCCGAUAGAUUCACGCAGUCAAGAUGCGUUAUUUGACCAAAUCUCUGAUUUUAUUUCUAUGUUUUGCCAUUACCGGGGAAUGUUAUAAGCACGGUCACCGGGUGCGAAGGUGGGCCGGUACUGGGGAGACCCCAAAGCAUGGCACCUCCUUGUCAAAGAAGCCUCCAGAUGUGACGAAAUCUCGCAAAAUGAAGACAGAACACCUGCUCAAAGUAGAUGACCAUGACUUCACCAUGAGGCCAGCAUUUGGAGGUCCUGCAAUCCCUGUUGGAGUGGAUGUUCAGGUGGAGAGCUUGGACAGCAUCUCUGAAGUUGAUAUGGACUUCACCAUGACCUUGUAUCUGAGACACUACUGGAAGGAUGAGCGUCUGUCCUUCACCAGCAGCACCAACAAGAGUAUGACGUUUGAUGGCCGUCUGGUGAAGAAAAUUUGGGUCCCUGAUGUCUUCUUUGUCCACUCUAAGAGAUCCUUUAUCCACGAUACGACUACUGACAACAUCAUGCUCCGGGUCUUUCCUGAUGGACAUGUGCUUUACAGCCUGAGAGUAACAGUAACAGCAGCCUGUAACAUGGACUUCAGUCGCUUUCCUCUGGAUUCUCAAACCUGUUCACUGGAACUGGAGAGUUAUGCUUACACAGAUGAAGACUUGAUGCUGUACUGGAAGAGCGGAGAUGAGUCCCUCAGCAUUGAUGAUCGUAUCUCCUUAUCACAGUUUCUUAUUCAGAAGUUUCAUACCACAUCUCGCUUGGCCUUCUAUAGCAGCACAGGCUGGUACAAUCGUCUCUACAUCAACUUCACAUUGAGACGCCACAUCUUCUUCUUCCUGCUGCAGACGUACUUUCCCGCCACACUCAUGGUGAUGCUUUCAUGGGUGUCAUUCUGGAUUGACCGCCGGGCUGUGCCAGCCAGAGUCUCCUUGGGCAUCACCACAGUGUUGACCAUGUCCACUAUCAUUACUGGAGUGAAUGCCUCCAUGCCCAGGGUCUCCUACAUCAAAGCUGUGGACAUUUACCUCUGGGUCAGCUUUGUCUUUGUCUUCUUGUCUGUGUUGGAAUACGCUGCUGUCAACUACCUGUCCACUGUCCAGGACCGUCGAGAGCGCAAAAUGAGAGAGAGAGUGCGGUCUCAGUCACUGCCCUGUACCUGUGGUAUUUCCCAAACACGAACCAUGACCAUGUUGGAUGGCACCUACAGUGAAGCUGACACCAAUAGUUUGGCUGGCUACACUGAAGAGCCCAUAGUACCUGAGGAAGUACAGGCAGACAUGCACGAGGUUUCUGAUAAACCUGAUCAUAUGGUGGUACACCUGUCAGUGAGUAGUGAGUCCACAACAACAAAGAAGAAGAAGAGCCUUCGUGCCCUCAACAUCAUGCAGAACACGCAUGCCAUUGACAAAUACUCCCGAAUGAUUUUCCCUGGUUCAUACAUCUUCUUUAAUCUUAUCUACUGGUCAGUAUACUGCUAAACAACACUGUCAGUCAAGACUGAGGCCAGUGGGGACAUUAGCAUACACAGACAGUAUGAAUGCUACAUCAGUGAGACAAGGGACUAAUUCUGAGUGCUGUUGUGCUGCUAAAUCAUUAUAAUGAAGGACAUGAGCAAAACAUGUCUUAAAUGUUUCCAAUGUGACUAUGGGAUGUCAUUCAGUUAAAAAAACAAAAGAUAUAAAUUCUGUUCCAAACCACUGAUUCUAAUUCUUGUCGUCUCUUUUAGCUUUGUCAGUUGUCAGCUGCUAUUGAAAAGAUCUUUGUACAAAUUACUGCUAUUCCUGAUAUGAUGAAGAAACCGUAUAUUUUGUAUUUUAAUUGUAUAGAUAAAGAUACAGUGUAUAGUGUCUGUAUUUAUGCCGUGAGGUAUUGAUAGUUUAUUUAUAUUUAUUGUUAUGAUUUUUAACAAUCAUAAAAUGAAAGUCACAAUGAGGUGCAUUGUUAAUCAUGACUCAGUUAUUUUCAUAUAUAUAUGAUAGAUAAAUAAUGAACUCUGAUCAUAUUUGUAAGACAGUUAUUUCAGCUAAAAUGAUAUUCUGACCUAAGAUUGAGGAACACACAUUAAGAGCUCUCCGAGGUUGUACUCUGUUAGUAUGCGCAUCAUCUUAAAGGCGAAUAAGUGCUUUUGCUUUAACAUGGAUACCUGCUUCCAUUUUGCUGCUGUCAGCUACAGCAUUCUCACUAUAUGCUGGAUAGAGUUCUAGAAACAAAUAUGGGAACAGCUCAAAUGUUUUUGUGAAGAAUGGCUUCUAAAAAUAUGAAAAAAAUUGAUUAAAUACAAAGUGAAGCUGAUGAAUGUCAAUAUAGUAACAUUAGUGGAAAAUAAUACAUAAUCAUAAACUUUUCCCUGUCAGUAUAAAAACUGACAAGGAACUCAGGAUUCAUGCCGUGGAGAACAAUAAUAUGUAUACCAAAGUUCCUUGUAAUGUAACCAUAACUGCAGAGAUAUUUCACUUUCCUAGGACACUAGUAACACAUGACAAAGAUCAAAGGUCUGUUAGUCAGUAUUAGAAGUUGGGCUGAUCAUAUAAUGGCUAACUCAACAGUAACUCAGGUGCUGUUAGCAUCUUGCUGGUGAUUGAUCAACACAAUCACAUAAAAAAAAACAAUCAAUUCUCAAAAGACUGAGAAAUAUGUGGAUAUGUGUAGCAAUGGGUUUGUUUCAAUAAUGUGAAUAAUUAUUAGUCUGUGCAUGGUUCAGAGCAAAGAUUUGGUCUGCUGCUAUUUUUCACACUUCUUUAGUCUGAAAGCCUCAGUCUGGCAGGACUUAUUUACAAUUUUUUACACUCUUUUAAAUAAAAUUUAAAAUGCAAAAAAUAUUUGGAUGGAAACAGGCAAGUUCCAGAAUUUUUCAUGUGCACAGGCUGUGGUGGGAAUUUUAAAAGUGGUUAAAAAUUCAGCUAGUUCUAAUGAUUUUAAAUGUUCAAACUCCUGCCUCCUUAAGUAAGGUUUAGAAGUAGUGCUGUCAGUGUUAAUAAAUGUUAAUAACAAGAUUAACGCUGACAGCACUAUUUAGAAGACAUGACUGCCUCAUAAGAGUACAUUAGCUGAAUUGAAGCUCAAGUUUCAGCAACAAGGUAACUGAGCUAAUAACAUAUACUCUGGUUAAUUUUUUUUCACAUUUUCCUUAAAACUCACCAUUUCAAAGUAACAGACCAGUAGGUAGUAAACCUAAUCACUGUGAGGCAUAUGAAGUGGUGUCCAUUCUUAGCCAGUCAUCAUCACUGUUGAAAGGAAGGUGUGCUCAAUUAGCACAGUGAUGGAUACUCAUUCAUCUAACAAUAUAGACUGGUAAUGUUACUAUUAUUUAGUAUUUUCUAGCCAAAGGUGAUGGAAUGGGAGAGGUUUAAAUGGGCCCAGCUUCGGCUUUACAAGUUUCAGAAAACAUGGCAUCAAAAAGGUCAUCAUAAACAAGAAGUUUUUAGAAGACACCUCUGAAAAAAAUUGUUCUACAAAUUAGAUAAAAGGAUAAAAAUCAAUUUUGGAUGCCCAUUACCUUCAGACCCUCAGAUGACACUGAAUUAAGAACAGGUGUCAUUCUAUCAUGAACUGCAUAGGCUCAGGAGCACCUCCAGAAAUCAUCUGUGAAGACAGUUUGAUGGCUGUAGAUUAAAACUCUGUUAUACAAAGAAAAAAUUGACUUAAACAAAGUGGAAAACACUUCUGUAAUAAGACAAACUGAAAUUUGAAAUUGUUUUGGAAAACGGAAUUGAGCACUUGCUCCUCUGGAUUAAACAGGAGAGGGACCAUCUGCCUUUCUAUCAGGACUCAGUUUAAAGCCUCCAUCCCUGAUGGUGUGGGGAGCAACUUAUGUACCAUCCAGAGUAUGGCUUCAGGGAAGGGUUUGCAUAUUUCAGUAAAACCACAUACUGCAUCUCUUCCAGCAGCAUGGCCUUGUACUAGAAGCAUCUGGCUACCAACUGAAAAACAUUUGGUGUGUCUUGAAAUGAAAAACAUGAGAAAAAAGACCCGGGACUGUUGAGCAGCUAGAAUAAUCUAUCAGACUACAAUGGGGCAACAAUAUUUCUCUCCCAAAAGAGCAAGAUCUCCUCAGUUCCCAGACAUUUACAGACUGUUACCAAAACGAGCGUAGUGCACCUCAGGAGGUAGCGCAGGUAAUCUGCUAAUGGUGGUUCAAUCCCUGGCUGCUCAGUUGACAUGCAAAGUAUCAUUGAGCCAGAAACUGAACCCUAAGCUACUUUCUGAUGCAAUUAUUGGAGUGUGACUGUUAGAAAGCACUUAGGUGUAGAAAAAAGGUGCUGGUGUGAAUGAGAUAAGUUGUACAAAGCACCUUGAGAGCUCCAGGAGAAUAUAGGAACCAGUCCAUUUACCAUCUUUGGGUUCCCCAACACACACCACUGGACACAAGUCUCUUGUUAUGCUUGUCCAAAUAUUAUACUAGACCAAACCCAGUUCGCUCAGUUUUAUUAACUGUCAGAGCUACAGUGACUUCCAAUCAAAGUCAACACCAACCACACCUCAGUGCCAGCUUACCAAGUGUCCACAUAAAUAGAAGAACAUAGCAAAAUAGAAAUGGCCUCCUCUGGUACUGCCCCUGAACCCUCUGUUCCACAAAGACGAGUCGUACUAAACAUGGUCCCAACUUUUAUCAAAUUUAAAAUUAGCUAUUUUUUUCUUCUUAAAAUUGUACAUUUUCUCAGUUUCAACAUUUGAUGUAUUUUCUAUGUUCUGUUGCGAUUAAAAGAUGGGUUUGUAACAUUUUCAAAUUGUUGCAUUUUAUUUAAAAUUUACAUUUAAUACAGCAUCUCAAAUGUUUUCAGAACUGCUCUUAUAUUUAAAGUUGUGUUUGAAGCCACAUGUGACUUGGGAUUAUGUUUUGUAAACUGCUGCAAUUGCAAUCAAUACUAUGGGUAAAAAAAGGAAACUACCUACCUCUUCUGGUGUCAUGUUUUCUAAAACAUUAUGUUUCUCAAACAUUGUCGUUUCUGUAUGAAGAUAACCACACAUUUAUGUAUUUCUAGCCACCGGUUUUCGGGAACCACUUUCACUCAGCAGGGAUUCAAGGUGCCUCUGACCAGUCUGCAGAUUCAGAUGUGAAACACUGAGGCCCUGUACUUCUUCCUGCUGUGUUUACAUGUUUCCUGACUUGUUAUUUUGUUAUGCAGUUCAACAAAAUGAAGUGUUAAAAACACACAAUUCUGCAGUGAUUAUGUCACGGGGUGUAAACGGACUCACGCGCAGACCAGGGAUCCUUGCAAGGAAGACAGUGAAUUUAUUUACAAAAAGACAACACCAGGUGAUAAUAUGUACACGUGCAAGAGGGGGGAAGGGGGGAGGUCCAGGGCUCCAGGGUCCGUGAGGUAAAAGGAGGGGGAUCGAACAGACUCCAAACGUUUCCAAAUUUCUCUCCUCUCUCCACCACAAGGUCGUACACGCCACACACUCGCUCGUAGGCGGGGCCGGGUACGGGAAAGAUCUGUACACAGAAACUCCGGUUAGAAACAGACUGAGAGAAAGCAACUCACAGAUUCUAAUUUUCUGACUGCAGGGGGACUGACGCUGAUAGCUCAACGAUCCAGCGACGAGUAGCACAGUGCUGCCAUCUUAAGUAGGGCUCGGGAUUACGAAGAUAGGCAGCAGGUGUGGAGAUGGCAGGUGCGUGGGCCAGGGGCGGGAGCCCAUAAUGAGCACCAAUGAGCAUAAUGAGCUGAUCAUGCAAACAGUUCUUUUAGCCCGUUCUAAUUUAAUCACAUCAUACUGAGAUGAUAUUUGACACUUCCUGAAUAUUUCAAAGAAUGUAUGUAUGUAAAGUACAAAGUUUGUUUGUUUUUUUUGUUUUGUUUUUAUACUUGAUAAUACAUUUAUACGUCAAACAAAUAUACUGUGACAAUUUUUUUCAAAUCCACCAAUUUUAUCCUAUGACAGCAACAGAUGUUACAGUAAUUCAGUAAUUCAAAAUUUGAUUAAGUUGAGUGACAAAUGACAUGUCCACAGUAAAGCUUUAUUCAUAUCGAUCGUCACUGUAUAGAUAUUUAUGUUUUUAUUUGGAAGCUGAUCCUGUAUCAUUAAUAAACAUGAAGCCUGUGGCUGAAAUGCUCUGUACACAUGAGUUGUUACUAUUUUUUUGGAUAUAUUAAACACAUUAACUCACUAAAUCCUCUCAUGUAAAAUUGCAGUAAUCCAUAUUUUAUGUUAGCU